CCUUGUCGCGGGUCCUUGGCCUUAGGAGUGGCCGGGAGGCACCCAGGAAGCAGGCAAGAAAGCAAGCAGACAGCCGGGUGGGGAGACGGUGGGCCCCUCUUGCUCUCUCCCAGGAAGAAGGAAAGGAUCACCUUCCCGGUCUCCAGAAUCUUCCCAGUCCCCGCAGUCUGCGCAGGCCGGCGAGGGGAAAACUAAGGAGCCGCGGCCACUCGGUGCCGCCGCCACCGUGGCUGCCAUGAUGGAGCGGAAGUGAGUCUCAAGGCGACAGCUGCGGGCGCUUCGAGUCCCACUCUCCCCAUCGCCCUCCGGCAGAGAAAGCGCAACGCCGCGUACUGCUGAUUGUCUCGGCCCUCGCGACCCUAGAACUUCAGCUCGGGCCUGCUUCCUACAAGACUGAACGGGGAGUGUCUCCCGGCCUCUAGCACGAGCAGCGAGGAAGAUGGCGGACCCGGCAGAGUGCAACAUCAAAGUGAUGUGUCGUUUCAGACCUCUCAACGAGUCUGAAGUGAACCGCGGCGAUAAGUACAUCGCCAAGUUUCAGGGAGAAGACACGGUCGUGAUCGCGACCAAGCCUUAUGCAUUUGAUCGGGUAUUCCAGUCAAACACAUCUCAAGAGCAAGUGUAUAAUGACUGUGCAAAGAAGAUUGUUAAAGAUGUACUUGAGGGAUACAAUGGAACAAUAUUUGCAUAUGGACAGACAUCCUCUGGGAAGACACAUACAAUGGAGGGAAAACUUCAUGAUCCAGAAGGCAUGGGAAUUAUUCCAAGAAUAGUUCAAGAUAUUUUUAAUUAUAUUUAUUCCAUGGAUGAAAAUUUGGAAUUUCAUAUUAAGGUUUCAUAUUUUGAAAUUUAUUUGGAUAAGAUAAGGGACCUUUUAGAUGUUUCAAAGACCAACCUUUCAGUUCAUGAAGAUAAAAACCGAGUCCCCUAUGUAAAGGGAUGCACAGAGCGUUUUGUAUGUAGUCCAGAUGAAGUUAUGGAUACCAUAGAUGAAGGAAAAUCCAACAGACAUGUAGCAGUUACAAAUAUGAAUGAACAUAGCUCUAGGAGUCACAGUAUAUUUCUUAUUAAUGUAAAACAAGAGAACACACAAACGGAGCAAAAGCUGAGUGGAAAACUUUAUCUGGUUGACUUAGCUGGUAGUGAAAAGGUUAGUAAAACUGGAGCUGAAGGUGCUGUGCUAGAUGAAGCUAAGAACAUCAACAAGUCACUUUCUGCUCUUGGAAAUGUUAUUUCUGCUUUGGCUGAGGGUAGUACCUAUGUUCCAUAUCGAGAUAGUAAAAUGACAAGAAUCCUUCAAGAUUCAUUAGGCGGGAACUGUAGAACCACUAUUGUCAUUUGCUGCUCUCCAUCAUCGUACAAUGAAUCUGAAACAAAAUCUACACUCCUUUUUGGGCAAAGGGCCAAAACAAUUAAGAACACAGUUUGUGUCAAUGUUGAAUUGACUGCAGAACAAUGGAAAAAGAAGUAUGAAAGAGAAAAAGAAAAAAAUAAGACCCUGCGGAACACCAUUCAGUGGCUUGAGAACGAACUCAACAGAUGGCGUAAUGGAGAGACAGUGCCUAUUGAUGAACAGUUUGACAAAGAUAAAGCCAACUUGGAAGCUUUUGCAGUGGAUAAGGAUACUGCUGUUAGCAAUGAUAAACCAGCAGCCACAAUUGGAGUUACUGGAAACUUUACUGAUGCUGAAAGAAGAAAGUGUGAAGAAGAAAUUGCUAAAUUGUACAAACAACUUGAUGACAAGGAUGAGGAAAUUAAUCAACAGAGCCAGUUGGUAGAGAAAUUGAAGACACAAAUGUUGGAUCAAGAAGAGCUUCUGGCGUCUACCAGAAGGGAUCAGGAUAAUAUGCAAGCUGAGCUGAAUCGCCUUCAAGCAGAAAACGAUGCCUCUAAAGAAGAAGUAAAGGAAGUUUUGCAAGCCUUAGAGGAACUUGCUGUCAAUUAUGAUCAGAAGUCUCAGGAAGUUGAAGACAAAACUAAGGAAUAUGAAUUGCUUAGUGAUGAACUGAAUCAAAAAUCAGCAACUUUAGCAAGUAUAGAUGCUGAGCUUCAGAAACUUAAGGAAAUGACUAACCACCAGAAAAAACGAGCAGCUGAGAUGAUGGCAUCUUUACUAAAAGACCUUGCAGAAAUAGGAAUUGCUGUAGGAAAUAAUGACGUAAAGCAGCCUGAGGGAACUGGCAUGAUAGACGAAGAGUUCACUGUGGCAAGGCUCUACAUAAGCAAAAUGAAGUCGGAAGUAAAAACAAUGGUAAAACGCUGCAAACAGUUAGAAAGCACACAAACAGAGAGCAACAAAAAAAUGGAAGAAAAUGAAAAGGAGUUAGCAGCAUGCCAACUUCGUGUCUCUCAACACGAAGCCAAAAUUAAGUCAUUGACUGAAUACCUUCAAAAUGUGGAACAAAAGAAAAGGCAGCUGGAAGAAUCUGUUGAUUCCCUCAGUGAAGAACUAGUCCAGCUUCGAGCACAAGAGAAAGUGCAUGAAAUGGAAAAGGAGCAUUUAAAUAAGGUUCAGACUGCAAAUGAAGUUAAGCAAGCUGUUGAACAACAGAUCCAAAGCCACAGAGAAACUCAUCAAAAACAAAUUAGUAGCUUGAGAGAUGAAGUUGAGGCAAAAGAAAAACUUAUUACUGAUCUACAAGAUCAAAACCAGAAAAUGAUGUUAGAGCAGGAACGUCUGAGAGUAGAACAUGAGAAGUUGAAAGCUACAGAUCAGGAAAAGAGCAGAAAACUACAUGAACUUACGGUUAUGCAAGAUAGACGAGAACAAGCAAGACAAGACUUGAAGGGUUUGGAAGAGACAGUGGCAAAAGAACUUCAGACUUUACACAACCUGCGGAAGCUCUUUGUUCAGGACCUGGCCACCAGAGUUAAAAAGAGUGCAGAAAUCGACUCCGAUGACACUGGAGGCAGUGCUGCUCAGAAGCAGAAAAUCUCCUUCCUUGAAAACAAUCUUGAACAACUCACUAAAGUGCACAAACAGUUGGUGCGUGAUAAUGCAGAUCUUCGCUGUGAACUUCCUAAGCUGGAAAAGCGGCUAAGAGCUACAGCUGAGAGAGUGAAAGCUCUGGAGUCAGCACUGAAAGAAGCCAAAGAAAAUGCAUCUCGCGAUCGCAAACGCUAUCAGCAAGAAGUAGAUCGUAUAAAGGAAGCAGUCAGGUCAAAGAAUAUGGCCAGAAGAGGACAUUCUGCACAAAUUGCUAAACCUAUUCGUCCCGGGCAACAUCCAGCAGCUUCUCCAACUCAUCCAAGUGCAAUUCGUGGAGGAGGCGCAUUUAUUCAGAACAGCCAACCAGUGGCAGUACGAGGUGGAGGAGGCAAACAAGUGUAAGCGUUAACACAUUAUCUACAGGUGUUGACAGUAAUUGAAGUAUGAAGAUGACAUAAUAUCAAGCAGAGUCCUUUACCCCGGAGAAUUGUAGAAUUAUAACUUUUUUAAAUCUAUAAAUUAUAUCUGGCCUGUACAGCUGUUUCCUGCCCACUUUCUUGUAAACUCUGCUGCUUCCCAACACAACUAGAGUGCAAUUUUGGCAUCAUAAGAGGGAAAAAUGACAGUUUACAACUGUGGUCCUAUUUAUUACACAGUUUGUCUUUUGUGUCUUAAAUUUAGUCUUCACUGUGCCAAGCUGACUGUACCAUAUAGGAGGAUUGUGCUUUUUGUACUUGUUAUUUUAGUGUGUGUUUAUUUUUUAUUCUCAAAUUACCUAGCUGCUACUGCUUCUUGUUUUUAUUUUUAAAGUGUCUUCCUUAUUUUAGGGGAAAUGAAACAUUUAGGUUAUAUUUUACCACUUACACACUACAUGCCCAAAAUACAGAUCAGGUCAGUACUGUACUUUAAAAUUCCUUGAAAUGAUUUCAGAGUAAAAAUUAUUUAUAUCUUCUCUGUUGUUUGCUUCUGAAAACUAAUUUGAGCACUGAAACCUUAAAACUGUAGGCACUUGAGAUUGAGCAAGGCUACUUAAUUGUUACCUUAUGAAACACCUAUUGUUGAAUUUUCUUGAGUAGAUGUAUUUUACAGUAUCAAAAACAAAUCUCAGUGUACAGAGUUUGGAAAGGAAUUGGAUUUCCCUUUUUCUCGCUUCUAUAAUCAACAUAGCUUGGUGGAAUAAAAAUACCCUGCUUCAUUCUGGUGAGCCUGCUAGUUAUUGUAAGAAUUGAACACAUAUUAAUUUGUCUAUUUAAUAUAGUGAAAUGAAUUAAGAUAUUAUAGGAUUAAACAUAAUUUUAUAUUGUUAGUACUGUAUUGGUUGAUCUAAAUUUAUAGCCUAUGGAAACAAAAAAGUGGAAAAACUGGACAAAUAUAUGGUGACUUAUAAAUAUGUAGGUAAAAUUUGGUAAAAAAUCCUUGAUGUAUUUUUAACCUGCUACACUAAGUAGUACACUAUAAUUUAUUACUUGUUUAGCCUAGAAAUAGUUGUUUGCAAGUCAUUAAAAAUCCUCAAAUUAUUUUUUUGGUUAUAAUCCAUAAUUAUAUAAUUAGUACCAAGUGUACCUGUUUUUUCCACUUCUUCCUCAGCUGAUUAAACAAAGUCAACACUUUGUUUUUGAAAGCUGUAAAAGUAAUAGGGAAAGAGAUUUCAGUAUGCUUCGUCAAUAGGGUGAUAGCUGCAACCAUGUUAGAAAUUUGCAGAGAAUGGGGAUAUAAGGGUAUUCAGUCAGUAGAGAAACUUUGAAAGUUCUGUGUUAGGAUCUGACUGGCAGAAUUAACUUUUUGAAGAAGUUUUAUACACAGAUAUUUGUAAUAAAUUUGGAGCCAUAGUCAGAAGACUCAAAUUAUAAUUGGGUUAUUUUUCUAUUUCCUUAACUAUUGUAAUUUCCACUUUUAUAUAAUUUUUGAUUUAAAAGAUAAAUUUGUUUAUUUUUUUAACAGUCAAAACUCUUUGCUGUUGUAGUCUACAGCCUUUAAAAUGAUUGUGUUGCCUUUAGGAUUGAUCAGAAUAAACACUCCAAAAAUUUAGACAAAAUCUCGGCACAGCAAGAUUAAAGUAAUUCAGAUGACUUAAAUUUUUUAAAAAAGUGCUACAACUUAUUAUUUAUUAUGGUAUUUUCUAAAUUGAGAAAUAUGACUGCAUUCACAUAAACAUUCAUAUUUUGUUUUCAAAUGAAAACUUGUUUCUUUGGCAAUAUCCAUAAAUGAAGCAGAAUUUUAUUUUCUCUUGUCUGAAUAUGGUAGUUCUUGUUAGAUGUAUCACGGGUAUUGGUGCUGUGUAACAAUGAAUUGUAACUAGCAUGUGGUUCAGGAUAUAUAACAAUAUUAGGUUUUUAAAAAUAUCUUAAUUUUUUUCUAUUUAUAAUUUCAAACUUUCACGAAGUGUACAAAGAAUUUCAUAAAUUUGUUUUUCAGUGAACUGCUUUUUUUGCUAUAGGUUAUUAAACAUUGCAUUAACUCUUAUAAAUGAAAAUUUCUGAUCAUCUAGAACAUUGACACUUAUUUCAAUUUGCAGUGUUUUUUUGAAUGAAUAUAUUAAUUUUCCUCUAAAUGGUAUUGAUAAAUGGUUCAGAAGAGAAACUUAGUAAAAUAAAAGUAAUAUUUAUUCAUGAUGGUCAAUUAAAUUAUUUGCCUAACUUAAGAAAACUAGUAUGCAUAAUUCAAUUUGACAUGAGGUGAUAGAAGACUGAGUCUACCUGUGGAACAUGUUGUUUUAUUUUCAGUGCUUGGAAAUACAUUCAAAGAUAAUUGGUUUGGGAAGACACCAUAUAAUUUUAAGUUUUAUUUUAACCUGCAUGCUGUAAAUGUGUUUUAUGUUAAAAUAAAGAGGGAAUUUUUUUGAAAUGUAAUGACUUUUUAAAAACUAACUUGAUAAAGUAUUAGGUUGAUUUGUAUACUAAGUGGCCUUUUGUCUGGACAGAAUAGUGACCAAUAUAUCAUUUCCAUGUAUGUUUUGUUUCCUAAUGUAACUCAUAUUCUCUGGACAUCCGGUAUUAAAUAUGUAGGCUGAAGGAUUGAGAGCUAGAAAUGAAUUAUCAGUCAUUUACCUGAUCUUGUUCAUCUAAACCUGAUUUAUUAACUAAGAAGUGUUGAAGUUUGUUUUUUAGUACUUUCCCAAUGGUCAUUCAGAUCUAGCUGGAGAAAGCUUAAAGAGAAACUUCCUAAAUUCUAAUGAUUGGGUUGUUUUGUUUUUUAUCUUUUAAAAUUAAUUAUUAUGGAAAUUUUUAAUUAUAUCUGAAAGCAGACAAUAAAUAAUGAAGUUCCACGUACCUGUCACUCAGUUUCAACAAUUAUCAACUCAUGGCUAAUCUUGUUUCCCUCGUAACCCCGUUCCUGUGCACACACCCUCCGUAUUAUUUUGGAACAAUUUCAGAUAUCAUAUGCUUUUAUCCAUAAAUAAUUUCCUAAACAAAAUUUCAAUUUUUGUAAACAAUGUUUGAAUUAUGAUCCAAUUAAAAUGCAUAUAUUACAGUAGAGUUCCCUCUAUUUUUUACUUUUUUCCCCUGUAAUUAAUUUAUGAAGAAAAUAAGGUUAGUUAUCUUGCAGUUUCCUAGAUUUUGCUGAUUGCCUUCCCUUGAUAUCAUUCACCAUUCUUUCUCUUUAUGGUGUUUCCUUUGUUUUUGGAUUCACAGGUUUAAUCAGAUUCAUAUUUUUGUUUGGUUUUGUUGGAGGAGGGCCAGUAUUACCUCACAGGUGGUUGUGUUCUUCCAUCAGGUGGCACAUAAUGUCUAGUUGUAUAAUGGGAUUUAGCCACCGCUGUUCUAGAAAACCUAAUUCAUCAAUUUAUUAAAGGUGAAAGAAUGGCAGUAUUUCAAUUCUAUCAUUCUUUGGUAGCUGCAGUUGAGAAACUUGCCCUCAUCCACUAUUUGGCUGCUUAGUGGCUUAGCUUACAAAGGAAAAAUAAGAUAAAUGCCUGGUUUUUUUUUCCUUUUAUUCAUGAGUUUCAAAAUUAGUUGCUUCACUGUUUUCCAAUGGUGACCAGUUAGCUGUGCAUUUUGUCCCUUGUUUUUGUUUUAAUUUGGUUAUUUUAAGUGUACUCUGUGAUUCCCCCAAGUAAUUUUUUUUUUCUUUUCUGGAGUUUGAGUCUCCAAGUUUAUCCCCCAGACUCUACAUUACCAGGGCCUCCAGUGUGCCAGCCACUUCCGGCUCCUACAGCUCUACAUUAAACUGUGUCACUGUGGCAUUCUGUUGGAUAACCAGAUGUCCACACUACUGUAUAUGUGUGUUGUCUGCUGCCUGUGACUUUGACCUGCAUUUGGCCCUCUUGUAGCCUGAUAAGCACAUUCAUUCUUGACUGGCAGUGUGAGAAAGAGGGUUGCAUAGCAGUUGCAGAGGCUUCUGUAUGGCUUCUUCACAGCCUGCAUCCCACAGGCUAAAGAUGGCUUUGGGGAAUCAUUACUAAGUAUGUCAGUCUAGUUACACAUAUGGAAACAGAAAUGACCACCAGAAGAGUCUACAGAGAGGAUAACUCCUCAUGUGAGCACUUACUACAUACAUUUAUAAUUUGGUCAGCACUCCAUUUAUUACUACACCCCCACAUCCUGCUGCCAUAAUGAUGCUUCAGAUCUCUGGAUAUCAAUGUCAGCUUAGACCCCCUGUCCAGUGGCCCUGAAAAUAUCUGGUUAUUCCCCUUAAAUAUAUGGUUACCUGACUAAAAGGACAUAAUUACUUAGGGGCAGGACUUGGGGAAUGUUAUAGUCUACAUUUACUAUGUUGCAAGGAACUCCUGGGGAUUAUCCCCUUCAACGUUUUUGGGCAAAGGGUCAUGACUAAAUUAAGACAACUAGCCCAAAGAGGCAAUUCUUCAAUGUUUCUCACAUUGAUGUUUCUUCCCCUCCCUAAAAAAAUCUUCAAAAAAUUAGGCCAACUGCCCUCAGCUGCUUUGUCUUUCAUCAUUGAUAUUCUGAUGAUAAUGGUGUGGGGGUAGAAUUUUACCUCUAUUACCAUCAGCAAAUCUACAACAGCUUUAACCAAUAGCCUUGCCUUACAGAAGAGAGCCAGCACUAAACUUAGUACCUAAGUGAUAAAGAUUAAUAUCACCAGUGAUGCAUGUGCAUAUCUUGUGCCUCAAAUAUGUGAUAAAGGGCAUUUCACCACUGUAUUCUCUAAAACUCAUUUCGCAGUCUAAUCAUAAGGAAAACAACAAACCAAACAGGUACAUUGUGCAAAAUACCUGACCAGUACUCUCCCAAAGUGUCAGGUUGUGAAAAACAAGAAAAGACAGUCACAAGUCAGGUGACAAAACAUCCAAUGUGGAAUCUGCAACAGUAAGACAUUGGUGGAAAAAGUGAAGUCUGUUAAUAGUAAUGUACUAGUGAAUGUCUUAGUUUCAGCAAGGGGCCAGUGGUGAUAUGUUAGAUUUAGAAGAAACUGGGUAAGAAGUAUAAGGGGCCUUUUCUGCAUUACCUUUGCAAUUUAACAAGGGGUUUAUUUAAUAAUUUAUAAAGCAUAACAUCACAACACAAGAGACAACAGUAAUGACGUUUUGGAAGAAAGAGCAAAACUUAGCAGAACCCAGAAAUCUGAUGCCUAAGUCAGCAGGGAGUGCCAAGAAGCAAUCCAGGAUGCCCCCAUAGAAUCCCCUAAUCAUGAAUGUGACGUCAGAUACCUCUGGAAGUUAGAGUGGAAGGGGUUGAAAGAGGAUUACUUCACAGUCUACUUAGGAUGCUCAAUUCAAGCCCCAGACAAUCUCUUCAAGACUGCACAGCCUGGCAGUUGCUUCUCAAACAUCCUGGCAUAAGCCUGUGUCUCUUCUCUAGAAUGGGCAAGGUAGAGGGUCCAUAGGCUGGAAAACACCAGAAACAGUGAGGGUGGGACAAGAUUGAAAGCAGUAAGUAUGCCAGUUAACCAAUUCAUUGCCUCACCUCCAAAUUCACCCUUCAUUGCUACUGUAGGUUGAGUUGUGUCCCUCCGAACUUUGUAUCUUAAAAAGCCCUAACCCCCAGGACCUUACUUGGAGAUAGGGUCUUUUCAGAGAUGAUAAAGUUGGUCAUCAGGGUGGCCCUAAACCAGUAUAACAUCCUCAUAAAAGAUUUGAACACGUACAGGAGAUGUGAAGAGGCAGAGGGAGAAGCUCAUCUACAAGCCAUGAAGAGAGGCCCAAUCCUCCUCUCUCAACCCUCAGAAGGAACCAACCCUGACAACACCCUAAUUUUGGACUUCUAGCCCCCCGAACCGUGAGCCCAUACAUUUAUG